AUGGCAAGUGUGAGUGCUUCAAGGCCAACAGGAAAGACGGCAGCUCCCGCCCAAGAGAGCCAACCCCGUCCGGAGCCUGUGGGCAUUCUCUCAAGAACUCUCAAUUCUAGCUCUACGAUCAGAUGGAUCCUUCCGGCUCGGAUACGGUCUCCUUCCAAGAACGAUGUCGUCUUCGUUGGGGCGACGUAUGUCCAACUUCACGAGUUCCUCGACACCGGACUGCUAGCGAGUACAACCGCAAAGCUGGACUUCGGCACGCAAAUUACCGAUGCCAAAGUCAUUUCGGCAGAGUUGAAAAUUGUCCCAGUUGUAGAUGCGAUUCUCAAGCAAGAGAGAGAUCAGGAGCAAUACAGUAUUCGGGGCCAGCCCCUGAAUGCGACGCAACCUCCACAAAUUUUGAUUCUCCUCACUGUCGACAACGAGUUGAUUUACGUGUAUGCGAGGCAAGACUUGGCUGGAGACGUGAAACUUGUAUUCGCAAAGAGGCCUCUCCUGAGAGGAGCCGGCUUACCGGCGAACCAAUGUCGAUAUGUCGCUGUCGACCCCGAAUCCCGAGCUCUUGCUGUUGCCUCCACGUCAGGUUACUUUGGAGUAUUCAAGCUACGCUCUGUGGAUGAAAUCAAAUCACAGAUUGAUUCCUGGAAUCCUCCCGAGCAUGGGUCCUUCCGUCCGUGCGAAGAGCAACGUUUUAUUCAAAUAGAUGGAGAUAUUGUGAAGAUAGAGUUCUUACGCAGCCCUGAUACUGAUCCCGCUAAAGUCUUACUUCUGCUCCUCGUGCAUUCCGGCGAGGAGACUCAGGACACCCAUCAAUACCUGUACAAAUGGGAUACUCGUACACCUCUCCAAACCAUACGCCCCAUGACUUGCAGCGGUCGUCAACUCAAAGAGGACCGGCUGCCCGUGAUGCUGAUACCGUCUACACGGCCGUAUUCCUUUCUCAUCGUGAUGGAAACGGGGAUCUCCUACUACGAGAAUAUCCACACUUCCGACUCGAAGCGUGUCAAUUGCCGGUUUAUCGGAAAGAUGGCGGGCCCGCUCCAAUGGGUUCAGUGGGCCAAACCAAGACGUCAUAACGACUAUCUUGAGCGACGAGACGACCUGGUCAUCGUCCGAGAGGAUGGAUUGCUUCAGUAUUUUCAGAUCGAAAAGGCUUCCAGCACGAAAUUCAGCAUGAACAACACCAUCGGUCAGCUUGGGCUCAGUGUUGAUACGGCCUUUUGUAUGCUUGCCGGGCCUCCAGGAAAAGGGGGGGACAUCAUCAUUGCCGGCGGGAGCAUGACAGAUGGAGGCGUCUUCCACGUGUCUGCUCGCGGUUCGCCCGAACGCAUUCAGACGAUUGAGACCAUAUCGCCGUUAAAGGACAUGAUUCUCGGUCCACCAACACGACUUCCCCCGGACGGAACAUCUCGGCCGCGUGAGGUCGCCGGCCGGCUCUACGCUUGUCGUUCGAAAGAUCCGGGAUCGGGCGACCUCCUCGAGAUCCGCUAUGGGUUGGAGGCUCAAAUCGGUUGGACCAUGAACUAUCCAAAUGCGGCCCUUGUUGACCACAUAUGGACCCUAGAGAUCCCUAGUGGGAAUGAGCUGUUGGUGAUUUGCUCUCAUACAACGGACACGUCGAUGGUGGUGUUUGACCUCGAGACGCUUGAGAGUACAUUCGCUGACUCGGAAAGUCACCCCGGUUUUGAUUUUGACAACCCGACACUUGCUGUCACCAUGAUCGACCACGAUACCGCCGCUCAGGUCACUACCGGCGGCAUCAAUAUCGUACCCGUCAGUGAAGAUGCUACAGUUGGCGGCCCGGUUCGCUUCCAAUCGCAAAUAAUUCGAUCAGCGUUUUUCGACGACGGGAAGAUCAUUGCCACCGCAACAAGCGGUCAGGGUAAUGAAAUCGCUUUGCAAAGUGUUGUGUUUUCAGAAGAUGGUCGAGUGUCGCUGCGCCCUUCAUCUCCUGCGAUCAUGCCCGAUACCCCUACCGCUCUGUGUUGCUUGAGGGUGCAAAACCUGAGGCUGCUCGUGGUGGGCACACACAGUGCUACAAUUCUGGGGUAUUUUGUCCUCCCAAACCUGGAACUGAGUCUGGCUUUCGAGGCCGAAGUCGAGGGCUUAGCGGUCGAACUCGAAAACUCGCCGAUAUCUUCUCUCGUCGCACUCGACCAAAACGCACAUGAGCCGACCCUCCUGCUGUGCGGGCUCCGCCAUGGAGCUUUGCUGUGCCUGGAAAUAAAGAAGCGACCUGGCGAAGGCAUUCCAAAAUUGAGUAUAUGUGAUGAUUUUUACGUCCUUGGCUCCACUGCGGUAAAUCUCUUUCAAGAGAAGGGGCCAUCUGAGGAGUCAGCUACUUCAUCCGCAUUGGUUCUUUGCCAUUCAGAGAUGCGUCGUGUCACGUCUUAUCCUAACGUGGCGGCGGUGGACUACGCCGUUUCUUCCAUCUGGCUAACAAAUCGGACCGACCCCUCAGCGGAACCAUUGGCAUUUGCCCUUCAUCGAGUCCCGAGGUUGGAGUCGCCGUACGAUGAUCCGGGCGGUCUUUUGAUCUGUGCAACGGAUGGAGACCUUUUAUUUUGUUCCUUGGCCUCUCAAGAGCAAGGUGUCGUGAGGAAACUACCCAUCACUGGUACCCCAAAAUACCUCAUCUACUCAGACUUCCUCCAAAAGUUGGUGGUGGCGUUUGAGAGAGUUCACUAUCUCACCGGUGUCCCCGUCGCCAAUCCUUUGCCUGGUGUUCCUCCUAUCCUCCCCGGUCAACCAAGUCCUGAGAAGAGUGUCCUGCCGCCUCGAAAGAUGCAACAAGUCGGCUUGCAGCUCAUCGAGCCCUGGUCAAAGGAUGCGACAAAUAACCCAAUGUCGACGAUAGUCACCGAGGACAAUAACGAGAGCGUCGUUGCUCUCAUCGAUUGGUCGCCAACAGAUGGAGAGUUCCACUACGAAUGGUUUGUCCUAGCUCUACAACAAAUCGCACCGGGUUUCCCACCGUGCAGUGGUCGGGUUGUUUGUGUCAAUGCCAAAAGCCUACGCAAAGGCUUGGUUAUCACGAAUCCGAAGACAGCGUUCAGAUGUCCAGAUAAACCGGUCACCGCCAUCUGCGCGUAUAAAAUGUCCUCUCUCUUGAUCGCGGCGGGGGACGAGAUUUAUCUACUCCACCUUGACUUUACUACUCGCAAAUGGAAAACGCUCUCGACACACGCCUUGCCAUCUCCUGCAAACAGCAUAUCAUGUCAAGGCUCAUUCAUUUUCAUUGCGACAUCUCAACAUUCCGUCUUUGUCUUGGCGGAACGGGAUGAUAAGCUGUUCGAACACACAUCAGACACCCUUCCACGGGUCGCGAAGGACGUUGUUGCCUUCAACGGUGUCUCUGCGAUGUUUUCGGUUUGGAGUGGAGGCACCGCCGACCUCAUAGCUCUUUCCGGGUUUAGUCGGGACCAGAAGAGCGUGUUCACUCUUUUUCAGGCUCAUCUCCCCCUUUUGAUUGAUCACCUACGUCUGGAACAAGGCCCGGAUUCGCAGAGAGGUGCACGACGCCACUUUUAUGGCAGUUUUGUUGACGGAACGCUCUUUUACUUCUCUCUUUUGAAGCAACAGGAGUGGAGAUUGCUACACUUCUUGGAGGAAAUGAGCUACCCGGACAAGAAAAGCAUCAAGCCCGUGCAGAUAGAGAAACGGGACGCCGACAACAAUGUGAUCCUCGUCGACCCCGGUCGCGUCAGGCCCAAGGACUGGCACGUUCGCGGUGAUCGAUUGUUGAUGAUGAUCGAGCAGGGUCCAUACCACUUACACAAGCUUCUUCAACGCUCCGAGAGGUUUGAUCAGUUCACGGCCCUGGUCAAUGAAGCGGUGGGAGAGACCAAGCAGCCAAUUGAGGCUGCGGUUGCGUGGAUGAGAAAGCUGCUGGCAUACCCGUCGAGAUUGUGA